AUGUGGAAAGAGGAAAAGUCUCCAGAUACUCGGAGUGUUGAUGAUAAUGUUGAGGCUAGUUCCGAUAAUAAAUCAGAUGACGUAGUUGUGCGGAGCGAAAAUGGAUCUCCUUCAAGGUCAGCCACUCAUUCCCGAUCUCAUUCUCGUUCGCAGUCUCGUUCACGUUCUCGUUCGAGGUCGAGGCGGGCGCGCUCUCGGUCUCGUCGAAGCAGACGCAACAGUGGUAGGUUCUCUCGGCGCGAUGAUCCUGAACCUUCACGUUGCCUUGGUGUCUUUGGUCUUUCUCUUUAUACUACAGAACGUGAUCUCAAGGAAUUGUUUUCGCAGUACGGUGAAGUUGAAAAUGUACAGCUUGUAUUUGAUCAUCCUACCGGUCGGUCGCGUGGGUUUGGUUUUGUUUACUUUGAAAAACUCGAAGACGCAAUGUUAGCAAAGGAUCGUGUUGCUGGAACAGAAAUUGAUGGCCAUAAGGUCCGUGUGGACUUUUCGAUUACGAAGCGUGCCCACACUCCUACUCCAGGGAUUUACAUGGGUGCUCCAGACCAACGUCGAUCAAGACGCUACCGACGAAGUCCUUCUUCGCGAAGAGGGUAUCGAAGUCGCUAUAGGAGUCCCCCCAGAGAUUAUUACAGAUAUCAUGGGAAUUAUGAUGACAGAUAUGACAGGUAUUCUCCUUACCGCAGCACUGCAUAUUACAGGCGAAGUCCCUCACCCCGGUACUAUGAUGAUCGUCGUAGGAGGCGGUCUAGAUCUUAUGACCGUGACAGGGAGUAUUACUGA